UGCCGGUGUCUCGUAAUCUCAUUCUCUAUUCUCUGUCUGUCUAUGCCUCUACGCUGUCAACUGUAAACAACUAAGCGUCGUGUUUUAGAGGUUACCUGUCAGUGGUAUUAUUGUAAUAUUUGUAAUUUCAUUAGAUUAUAUUACAAGUAAACUAAUUAUAAAACAUGGCAAAGCAUCAUCCAGAUCUUAUUUUCUGCAGAAAACAACCAGGCGUUGCUAUCGGCCGAUUGUGUGAGAAAUGUGAUGGUAAAUGCGUGAUCUGCGACUCCUACGUGCGUCCUUGCACCCUGGUGAGGAUAUGUGACGAGUGUAACUAUGGAUCAUAUCAGGGGCGAUGUGUGAUCUGCGGUGGCCCCGGCGUUUCCGACGCUUACUAUUGCAAAGAAUGCACUAUACAGGAAAAAGACAGAGAUGGCUGUCCGAAGAUUGUGAACUUGGGUAGUUCUAAGACUGAUCUGUUCUAUGAAAGGAAAAAGUAUGGAUUUAGAAGACACUAGCUACUGUGUUAUUAGGAUAAGUUUUUAUUGUAUAAUUAUUUUAAGACAUUCAUAAAGUUUAGGGGAAAUUAUGUCCCAUAACUUACCGGUUAUGGUGUCUCAUUCAAAUCUAAUAAGAUACCAUAAAAAUACCAUGAAAAUAUUUGUAAUGUAAAAAUGGUGUUAAAAUUGAAAAAUACCAUGGACAUGGAAUAAAAACAUAAAUAAAACCCAUACACUCUCAUAA